GCGCUGCGCCGCGCGGUGCUGCGCUCCAGCCGGGACCCGGCCGGGGCCGCUGGAUGCCGCGUCUCCGCUCCUGCUGCCUGCCGGGCGGGCUCCGGCGGCCGCUACAAGGUGGGGUCCAAAGACCCUGUGUUAAGCACCCGUAGUCAGCUGGGGAUACAACCCCUAAAAACAGCACACCCACCAUGUUUAACCUCAUGAAGAAAGAUAAGGACAAAGAUGGAGGGCGGAAGGAGAAGAAGGAGAAAAAGGAGAAGAAGGAGAGGAUGUCUGCAGCAGAACUGCGGAGCCUGGAAGAGAUGAGCAUGCGCCGUGGCUUUUUCAACUUGAAUCGAUCCUCCAAGCGGGAAUCCAAGACGCGCCUGGAAAUCUCCAACCCCAUCCCUAUCAAGGUGGCCAGUGGCUCUGACCUGCACCUGACCGACAUUGACUCUGACAGCAAUAGGGGUAGCAUCAUCCUGGACUCAGGUCACCUAAGCACAGCCAGCUCCAGCGAUGACCUCAAGGGUGAAGAAGGCAGCUUCCGGGGCUCUGUGCUGCAGCGGGCAGCCAAGUUCGGUUCACUGGCCAAGCAGAACUCUCAGAUGAUUGUCAAACGUUUUUCCUUCUCUCAACGGAGCCGGGAUGAGAGUGCCUCAGAGACCUCAACCCCCUCAGAGAAUUCUGCAGCCCCAUCACCUCAGGUAGAGGUGAGGACGCUUGAGGGACAGCUAAUGCAGCAUCCUGGGCUAGGCAUUCCUCGACCGGGACCACGGUCUCGAGUCCCUGAGCUGGUGACUAAAAGAUUCCCAGCUGAUCUCCGCCUCCCCGCCCUGGUGCCCCCGCCACCUCCUGCUCUCCGGGAACUGGAGUUACAACGACGACCCACGGGAGACUUUGGCUUCUCACUGAGACGCACCACCAUGCUGGACCGGGCCCCUGAGGGUCAGGCCUAUCGACGGGUGGUUCACUUUGCUGAGCCAGGGGCAGGCACCAAGGACCUGGCCUUGGGGCUGGUGCCAGGAGAUCGACUGGUGGAGAUUAAUGGACAGAAUGUGGAGAAUAAGUCCAGGGAUGAAAUUGUGGAGAUGAUCCGGCAGUCUGGGGACAGUGUGCGGCUCAAGGUACAGCCCAUCCCAGAGCUUAGCGAGCUGAGUCGGAGCUGGCUUCGGACUGGCGAGGGACACCGCAGGGAGCCGGCUGAUGCCAAGACGGAAGAGCAGAUUGCCGCCGAAGAGGCCUGGUACGAGACGGAGAAGGUGUGGCUGGUCCACAGGGAUGGAGUCUCCUUGGCCAGCCAGCUCAAGUCGGAGGAGCUCAGCCUACCUGAGGGGAAGGCGCGUGUGAAGCUAGACCACGAUGGAGCCAUCCUGGACGUGGAUGAAGAUGACAUAGAGAAGGCCAAUGCUCCCUCAUGUGACCGGCUAGAAGACCUGGCCUCACUGGUGUACCUCAACGAGUCUAGCGUCCUGCACACACUGCGCCAGCGCUACGGGGCUAGCCUGCUGCACACCUAUGCUGGCCCUAGCCUGCUCGUCCUUAGCCCCCGAGGGGCUCCUGCUGUGUAUUCAGAGAAGGUGAUGCACAUGUUCAAGGGGUGUCGGCGGGAGGACAUGGCACCCCACAUCUACGCCGUAGCCCAGACUGCGUACAGGGCGAUGUUGAUGAGUCGUCAGGACCAGUCCAUUGUCCUCCUGGGUAGCAGUGGCAGUGGCAAGACUACCAGCUUUCAGCAUCUGGUGCAGUAUCUGGCUACCAUCGCGGGCACCAGCGGGACCAAGGUGUUCUCAGUGGAGAAGUGGCAGGCUCUGUCCACCCUCCUGGAAGCCUUUGGGAGCAGCCCCACCAUCAUGAACGGCAGUGCCACCCGCUUCUCCCAGAUCCUCUCCCUGGACUUUGACCAGGCUGGCCAGGUGGCUUCGGCCUCCAUCCAGACAAUGCUCCUGGAGAAACUGCGUGUGGCCCGGCGCCCAGCCAACGAGGCUACUUUCAAUGUCUUCUACUACUUGCUGGCCUGUGGGGAUGCUGCCCUCAGGACAGAGCUCCACCUGAACCACUUGGCAGAGAACAAUGUGUUUGGAAUUGUGCCGUUGUCCAAGCCCGAGGAAAAGCAGAAGGCUGCUCAGCAGUUCAGUAAGCUACAGACAGCCAUGAAGGUGCUGGCCAUCUCCCCUGAGGAACAGAAGGCCUGCUGGCUCAUCCUGGCUUCCAUCUACCACCUGGGGGCUGCCGGAGCUACCAAAGAAGCUGCUGAAGCUGGACGAAAACAGUUCGCCCGCCACGAAUGGGCCCAGAAGGCCGCAUAUCUGCUGGGCUGCAGCCUGGAAGAGCUGUCCUCUGCUAUCUUCAAGCACCAGCUAAAAGGCGGCACCCUGCAGAGGUCCACCUCCUUCCGGCAGGGCCCUGAGGAGAGUGGCCUGGGAGAGGGUUCAGGCACCAAACUGAGUGCUCUGGAGUGCUUAGAGGGUAUGGCGGCUGGCCUCUACAGCGAGCUCUUCACUCUCCUCAUCUCCCUGGUAAACAGGGCUCUCAAGUCCAGCCAGCACUCACUCUGUUCCAUGAUGAUCGUGGAUACGCCAGGCUUCCAGAACCCUGAGUGGGGCGGCUCGGCCCGGGGAGCCUCCUUCGAGGAGCUGUGCCACAACUAUGCCCAGGACAGGCUGCAGAGGUUGUUCCACGAGCGCACCUUCCUCCAGGAGCUGGAGAGAUACAAGGAGGACAACAUCGAACUGGCGUUUGAUGACUUGGAGCCAGUCACAGAUGACUCGGUGGCUGCCGUGGACCAGGCUUCCCACCAGUCCCUGGUUCGCUCACUGGCCCAUGCUGAUGAGGCAAGGGGACUGCUAUGGCUCCUGGAAGAGGAGGCACUGGUGCCCGGUGCAACGGAGGAUGCCCUCCUCGACCGGCUUUUCUCCUAUUAUGGGCCCCGGGAAGGUGACAAAAAAGGCCAGAGUCCUCUUCUGCGCAGUAGCAAACCAAGGCAUUUUCUCCUGGGCCACAGUCAUGGUACCAACUGGGUGGAGUACAACGUGGCUGGCUGGCUGAACUAUACCAAGCAGAAUCCAGCCACCCAGAAUGCACCGCGGCUCCUGCAGGACUCCCAGAAAAAGAUCAUCAGCAACCUGUUUCUGGGCCGGGCAGGCAGUGCCACGGUGCUCUCAGGCUCCAUUGCAGGCCUGGAAGGUGGCUCCCAGCUGGCCUUGCGCCGGGCGACUAGCAUGAGGAAAACGUUUACCACCGGCAUGGCAGCUGUCAAGAAGAAGUCACUGUGCAUACAGAUUAAGCUGCAGGUGGAUGCCCUCAUUGAUACCAUCAAGAGGUCCAAGAUGCAUUUCGUGCACUGCUUCCUUCCUGUGGCCGAGGGCUGGCCUGGGGAACCCCGAUCUGCCUCUUCCCGCCGAGUUAGCAGCAGCAGUGAGCUGGACCUGCCCCCGGGAGACCCCUGCGAGGCUGGGCUGCUGCAACUGGAUGUGUCCCUGCUCCGCGCCCAGCUUAGGGGAUCUCGCCUGCUUGAUGCAAUGCGCAUGUACCGCCAAGGUUACCCAGACCACAUGGUGUUUUCUGAGUUCCGCCGGCGCUUUGAUGUCCUGGCUCCACACCUGACCAAGAAACAUGGGCGUAACUACAUCGUGGUGGAUGAGAAGCGGGCUGUGGAGGAGCUGCUGGAGUCCCUGGACCUGGAAAAGAGCAGCUGCUGCAUGGGCCUGAGCCGGGUGUUCUUCCGGGCAGGCACGUUGGCACGCUUGGAAGAACAACGAGACGAGCAAACCAGCAGGCACCUAACCCUGUUCCAGGCAGCCUGCAGGGGCUACCUUGCCCGCCAGCACUUCAAGAAGAGAAAGAUCCAGGACCUGGCCAUUCGCUGUGUGCAGAAGAACAUCAAGAAGAACAAGGGCGUGAAGGACUGGCCCUGGUGGAAGCUCUUCACCACUGUGCGGCCCCUCAUCCAAGUCCAGCUGUCAGAGGAGCAGAUCCGAAACAAAGACGAAGAGAUCCAGCAGCUGCGCAGCAAGCUUGAGAAGGUGGAGAAGGAGAGGACCGAGCUGCGGCUCAACAGCGACCGGCUGGAGACCCGGAUCUCAGAGCUGACAUCGGAGCUGACUGAUGAGCGCAACACAGGAGAGUCCGCCUCCCAGCUGCUGGACGCGGAGACAGCCGAGAGGCUCCGGACGGAGAAGGAGAUGAAAGAGCUACAGACCCAGUAUGACGCACUGAAGAAGCAGAUGGAAGUGAUGGAGAUGGAAGUGAUGGAGGCCCGGCUCAUUCGGGCAGCAGAGAUCAACGGGGAGGUGGAUGAUGACGAUGCAGGGGGAGAGUGGAGGCUGAAGUACGAGCGAGCUGUCCGCGAGGUGGACUUCACCAAGAAGCGACUCCAGCAGGAGCUGGAAGAUAAGAUGGAGGUGGAGCAGCAGAGCAGGAGGCAGCUGGAGAGGCGGCUUGGAGACCUGCAAGCAGACAGUGAUGAGAGUCAGCGGGCACUACAGCAGCUCAAGAAGAAGUGCCAACGGCUCACAGCUGAGCUGCAGGACACCAAGCUGCACCUGGAGGGCCAGCAGGUCCGAAACCAUGAGCUGGAGAAGAAGCAGAGGAGGUUUGACAGUGAGCUUUCCCAGGCACAUGAGGAGACCCAGCGGGAGAAGCUGCAGAGGGAGAAACUUCAGCGGGAGAAGGACAUGCUCCUGGCUGAGGCGUUCAGCUUGAAGCAGCAACUAGAGGAAAAAGACUCGGACAUUGCAGGGUUUACCCAGAAGGUUGUUUCCUUGGAGGCUGAGCUUCAGGACAUUUCUUCUCAAGAGUCUAAGGAUGAGGCUUCUCUGGCCAAGGUCAAGAAGCAGCUCCGGGACUUGGAGGCCAAGGUCAAGGAUCAGGAAGAGGAGCUGGAUGAGCAGGCGGGGAGUAUACAGAUGCUGGAGCAGGCCAAGCUGCGUCUGGAGAUGGAGAUGGAGAGAAUGAGACAGACCCAUUCCAAGGAGAUGGAGAGUCGGGAUGAGGAGGUGGAAGAGGCCCGGCAGUCGUGUCAGAAGAAGUUAAAACAGAUGGAAGUGCAGCUCGAGGAGGAGUAUGAAGACAAGCAGAAGGCCCUGCGGGAGAAACGGGAGCUGGAGAGCAAGCUCUCCACGCUCAGCGACCAGGUGAACCAGCGUGACUUUGACUCAGAGAAGCGGCUACGGAAAGACCUGAAGCGCACCAAAGCGCUGCUGGCAGAUGCCCAGAUCAUGCUGGACCACUUAAAGAACAAUGCCCCCAGCAAGAGGGAGAUUGCCCAGCUGAAGAACCAGCUGGAAGAGUCGGAAUUCACCUGUGCGGCAGCUGUAAAGGCGCGGAAAGCAAUGGAGGUGGAGAUGGAAGACCUGCACGUGCAGAUUGAUGACAUCGCCAAAGCCAAGACAGCGCUGGAAGAGCAACUGAGUCGACUUCAGCGUGAGAAAAACGAGAUUCAGAACCGUCUGGAAGAGGAUCAGGAGGACAUGAAUGAACUGAUGAAGAAGCACAAGGCGGCCGUGGCCCAGGCCUCCCGGGACAUGGCACAGAUGAAUGAUCUCCAAGCUCAGCUUGAAGAGUCCAACAAGGAGAAGCAAGAGCUCCAGGAGAAGCUACAAGCUCUGCAGAGCCAGGUGGAGUUCCUGGAGCAGUCCAUGGUGGACAAGUCCCUUGUCAGCAGGCAGGAAGCAAAGAUCAGGGAGCUGGAGACACGCCUGGAGUUCGAAAAGACCCAAGUGAAGCGUCUGGAGAGCCUGGCCAGUCGGCUCAAGGAAAACAUGGAGAAGCUGACUGAGGAACGGGACCAGCGCACCGCCGCUGAGAACCGAGAGAAGGAGCAGAACAAGAGGCUCCAGCGACAGCUCCGUGACACCAAGGAGGAGAUGAGCGAGCUUGCCAGGAAGGAAGCCGAGGCUAGCCGCAAGAAGCAUGAACUGGAAAUGGACCUGGAGAGUCUGGAAGCCGCUAACCAAAGCCUGCAAGCUGACUUAAAGCUGGCAUUCAAACGCAUUGGGGACUUGCAAGCCGCCAUUGAGGAUGAGAUGGAGAGCGACGAGAACGAGGACCUUAUCAACAGUUUGCAGGAUAUGGUGACAAAAUAUCAGAAAAGAAAGAAUAAACUUGAGGGAGACUCAGAUGUGGACUCCGAGGUGGAGGACCGGGUCGACGGGGUCAAGUCCUGGCUGUCGAAGAACAAGGGACCUUCUAAGGCACCUUCUGACGAUGGCAGCUUGAAGAGCUCCAGCCCAACCAGUCACUGGAAGUCCCUCGCCGCUGACCCAUCGGAUGAUGAGCACGAUCCUGUGGACAGCAGCUCCAGACCCCGGUUCUCCCACAACUAUCUGAGUGACAGCGACACAGAGGCCAAGCUGACAGAGACAGAUGCAUAGCCUGGGGGAGUGGCUCACAGCUCUCCCACCCCACAGCCUCUCCCAGGAAAUAGAGGGGUACCACGGGCCCCCAUUUGACUGCCGAUCUGCAUGGAAGACGCCUCGGCACUCUGUCGGGGAACUUUCCAGGCUGUAGGUGUCUGAUAACUCCACGUGGAAGAGGCGGGGGGAAGCAGAGUCUCUGCAGAGAGAGCUUCCCUCUUGCCUCAGAAGGCCAUGCUCCUAGCUCCCACCCUGGGCCGCUGUGGACCUGUCAGGUGGCCUGGCACUUCAUGGAGCCCGCAGUGGACCUCCAUCUCAGCCUCCUGCUCAGGGAUGGUGGAUAGGUUACCUGCUGGACCGCUCGAAGCCACUGGGCCCAUGGGAAAGAGUCAGGAGGGAGCAGCAAUGCCUCCCCUCCGCUGGGGUGAGGGCUUUCUCUUCUCAGUGCCUGCUGUCUUUUUACUGUUUAAUUUAAAUACCCAAACCUCCAUGCAGCUGCGUCCCUGAGAGUGGGAGGGGCUGCUGCUGCAGCUGGGCCCUGUGGGAUGCCUUGGGAAUCUCCUCUCCAUAGGCACUCUCCAGAGGCCCUUCCUCCUGCAGCCUGCUGCCAGGGGACACUGCUGAGCAGAGCUGGGGCCCUGGUUCUUAGGAGGCAGGGUGAGGAGGAUGGCAGCUGGGCGCUUCUGGCUUGGACGGAGCAAGCCUUGUUGGAGUAUUGGGUGCAAUGAGCAGUUCUUUAAGAGCUGAUCUCUUCCACCUGCACCCACCCAUGGCUUCCAGCACUGCCUUCCUCUGGCGGUGUUAUAGCCAGCCACUCAUUCAGCGCUGAGGACCUGUGGUGGGUACAAUGGAAGAUAGAUGUUUUGGUCUGUUUAUCAGACUAGAGUCCUAACCCUUUGUCAUCUUUCUUCUGCCCACAACCCUGCUCCCACACACUUACCCCAGACACAGCAACAAGUGGUCUCCUCUCAGCUACUUAACCAUAAAGGUCAUCCCGACCUUUCUACCAGAUUUGGGGGCCCAAAGGCAGUGCCUGGUGCUGGACCCGUUUGCCAUCCCCCUUCCCUUCUGCAGUUGCUUUGUACCCAUCGGGCUGUGCGCUCUCUCCCUGUGGGCCUGAUUGAUGUAAGGAAAUAAAGGGCCCUCCCUCCUGGC